AUGAAGACGCUGAGAUUCAUUGCUGCCGAAGCUUUAAUAUCCAUCCAGGAGUAUGCCAAGAUGGACAUCAGAAAUAUUGCUCAUAAUCUUUAUCCCCUCCUACUGAAGGCUUGUUUCUUGCAUGAGAAAGAGGAAAUCAUCAAUAUACUGGUGGAAAACUGGCCACUGCAAGAUUUUAAUUUUGGCAAACUGAUGGGCAAAACGGUGGAUUGUCCUGAAGACAUUAGUCAUUGGGCAUGCCAGCGCAGCAUAACCGCGUGCCUUAAAGGCUUGAAGAACUACGUCCUAAAUUGUUCUCCAACAUACUCCAAAAGACUCAAAGUUGUUGACCUUACAGGUAUACGUGAUGUUCAGUUUCAACCAUGCAAAUGUAAGAAGACUUUGGGGCGAUGGGCAAGAACGCAACUGAUUUCCCAGAUCUGCUUUGAACUUCUCAUUGAGAUGCAAAUGCUUGAGUUCAGUCCUUUUGUUUUUGAAGUUGAUGUUGACAUCAUGUGUAACCUGUUUGUGACCGAGAAGACCUAUGAGCUUGUGGUACAAGCAUUGCUGAUGAGAUGUCAUAGUCCCCUAAAGAUCCGAUGUGUAGAUUUUAGAGCAGACAGUUUAGCUUUAAGGAAGCUCUUCUACAUAAUAAGACUUGCUGAACCCUCUUCUAUACGGAAACUAGAAAUGGUUCACAAUGUGCGCUUAGAAGUAUAUCACCUUGAAGUGCUUCUCAACAACAUCACAUUCACUCAGCUUAGCUCACUGACUUUACCAGCAAGAACCUUCAAUGUUAUUAACUACACGGCAGAGGACGAAGCUGUUUUAUGUACCAUUGGAGAAAAACUAAGCCACAUGGUUCACCUGACCGAGCUGAGUCUUUCAUUUUCUACCCUGACAGGACGGCUGAGGAAACUGCUGAGCCCACUGAAGACACCACUCAAAGUGUUGGAACUAGCGAACUGCUCUCUCAAUCAGGUAGACAUGGCUUACCUAGCAAACAGCCUGCAUGCAGAAUAUUUAGAAGAGUUGGAUAUGAGUGGUCACAACAUUACAGACCUUUUUCCAUCAAUGUUUUUGAAGCUUCUGUCCAAGGCCUCUCAGACCCUGAAGGUUCUGAUUCUGGAAGAAUGUGCUAUUGGAGAUAUGAAUAUUCAUAUUCUGGAGAUGGGAAUAGUACAUUGUCUCAAACUUAAAGAAUUCAAAUUCCUCGGAAAUCCCAUCAUUGCUAUAGAUCUUCGGCGUCUUUUUAGACUUCUUGCCAAUCUGCCUGUGUUGAGGUACAUUGAAUUUCCAGUACCAAAGGACUGCUAUCCUCCUGAUGUCAGCUACCCCCUGGAUGAAGUAACCCUCAUAAAGUAUGAUCUUCAAAAAUAUGAGACCAUCAAACAAACCCUUUGCCGAAUAUUACGCCAAGCCGCUCGAGAAGACAUACUGGUGGCCACACCACUGUUUGGCAGUUAUGAUUCUGCAAUUGAGGAGACAAGCAGUGAAUUGGGAGCAUGCUUACUUUCAUCAUUUAAAGAUGCCCUGGAAAGUUUUACUGCAGAGAUACAAAAAUUAUAG